AUGUAUUUUUAUUCUACGCUUAGCGGUAAAAAUGAAAAUCGUGCUCAAAGUUUUACUAAAAUUGAUAACAUGUCGUGUUUUGGUUCUGUGAAAGAUAUAAGGAAACCUAAGAUUAAAACAAAAGCUUACAUAAAUCCAAACAUAAUUAAUUUUCAAGUUCUUAAAAACUCACUUGAAAAAAAUGAUUUAUCUAAAUCUAAUAAAAUUCAUUUUAAUCCAAAUUUUAAAAAAAAAGAAAUCGAAAAUGAAAGAGGGAAAUUGAAGGAGUCUACGACCUUGAAAACGAAUAAUCAAAUUCCUCAAGUAUCUCGAUCAAGUACAAAAGUUAUAAAUAAUAAUGUUAAAAAUGAACCUUUUAGUGAUUUGUGUAAAACCAAAUUUAAUAAAUGUACAUCAAAGUACAAAGUAAUUAAUGGAGGAUCAAAAAUUACAAAUGCUUCAAGUCAACCUCCUCGCAUACAAAAGACCCCUGAAAAAAAUUAUUAUCCUAGUAUGGUAUCUCAUAUCACUAAUAAGGGAUUUAAUAAAAACAACAUUUAUUAUCCCAGUAAGAAAAUUAAUGAAUACAAAAAAACCCACUAUAGUUUUUUUGCUCCUAAUAAUAAUGUUAAAAUAUAUAAUUCUAACGACAAAAUUAUAAGUAAUAAAUCUAAUCCGAGAUUUGUGUCUAAAACGAAAAUUAUUAAUUUAAAUUUGAAAAAAGUUAACAACACUUCUUCAAUUAGCAAGCCUAAAGUGAUUUACAAACCGUCAAAUAAUUUAUCAUCAUCAAAAGUAUUAGGAAAUCAAUUCAAAUAUGAUUUUAACAAAAAUAAAUUAAUCAUGAAGGUGGCAAGUUCGAUAAAAAAUAAAUACAAGUAUUCUAGAAAAGUUAAUAAUUUAAAAGUGUCCAAUUAUAAAUUAGAUAAAAGAAUUAAAAAAGAUGAAAAUAUUAACCCUAAAUUACAUAAGACAACUGAAAUAAGCAAACUGUUUCCUUCGUCUCGUAAAACAAAAUUUUUUACUCUUAAUCGUAAAUUGUACAUAAGAGGACCCUACUCCCUACAAAAAAAUUUACUUUCUUACAGAAAACCCCAAGUGCCAAAAAGAAUUAUUUUAAGAAAAUCUGAGCAAUGUUCUAAUAAAAAAAUUGUUAAAAUUGGUGGAAUAUUAUAUAAAUCAACUUCGAAUAAAUUAAUAUUAGCCAAAGAUAAUAAUAAAAAACCUAAAGUGCUAAAGAAAAAUGAAAAAUUAAUCGAUAAGAAAAUCAAAAAAAAUCACCAUAUUGUUUAUGUUAGAGGGGAAAAAUUUUUACUCGAUAAAAAUGGAAAAACUCUUGUCAGACAGAUGAGGAACGAAGGGGAAAAUAAAAAAUCAAUUAAUUUUAAAAGAGUGGAUAUCGGAGGAGUCACUUAUUUGCAAAAAUCUAAAAAUGUUUUAAUAAAAACAAACAUUCACAGAGCCAGACAUAUUGUAAAUUAUGCCAAAAAUAAAAGUAUAGCUACCCUUUGCCAAUUGAAGAAAAAAUCUGCUCUGCCAUGUGCAAUUUACUGCAAAUUUGGAAAAUGCAAUAGACAUAAUCAAAAAUUGUGUAUUUAUAAACAUGAUCCGAAAAAUAUUGCUAUAUGCAGAAAAUUUCUAAAAGGAAAUUGUACGAAUAAAAACUGUCUUCUAUCUCACGAAGUUGUUCAAGAAAAAAUGGCCACUUGUCUUUUUUUCUUAAAUGGUAAUUGUAAUAGAGAUAAAUGUCCAUUUCUUCAUGUUAAAUUAAACAGUAAUGCUGAUAUAUGUGACAAAUUUCUCCACGGUUUUUGUGAUUUGGGACAAAGUUGCACCAAAAGGCAUUUGUUUUUAUGUCCCAAAUAUGAUAAAUAUGGAAAAUGCGAUUCGGGUUCGAAAUGUCCUUAUCCGCACAAACUCAAAGACGCCAACAAGGAUAUGAAAAUUUCGGAAAAUUCAUCAGAAGAAAAAUUACAAUACUACACGAGAAAAUUUGAAUUGGUUCCAAAUGAGAAAAAAGAAAAACAAUCGAAAUUAAACGUUGGGGAAAAAAAGAAAAAAAAAUGCAAAAGGAAAAGACCAUCUUCGACUAAUAAUAAUAAUAAUAAUAUUGAUUCGUGUCAAAUUGAAACAACGGAAUGCGUACCGAAAAAAAUAAAAUUAGAUAAACUUCCUUCUUUUAUUCCAUUGAAAUCAAACGAAUAA